AUCGAUACGAAACCUCAAUUGGGUAAUGGUAAGGGGACUGUAUGCUUCCUUUACUUUCCCGUGAAGUACUAAGUCUCGCCCUUAUAUAGAACACUUUUAGUUACCAUUCACGCGCGUCGUCCUUCGGUUGCGCCCCACCAUGAUCCCUAGGAUUUCAAGACUGAGAGUCAUUCCGAGUCUCCAAAUGAGUAUCCUCCAGGACGCCGCAGCGUGUAGGUGCUGGCGUCCGUCCUUUACCUGCUCGUCGUUUUGCACAUCCUUUCCAGGAGGUAAUUAUAGCCAUCAUAGCAUUCCUGUCCAGAUCGGCGACAGCGACUGGAUUCAUAUCACCGGCAUGCGCUUUCACGGCCAUCACGGCGUGCUCCCCGAGGAAACUCGACUCGGUCAGAGCUUUGUGGUCGAUCUUAAACUCCAAGUCAACACCUCCCGAGCUGGGUUCAGCGAUGACCUGGAGGACACCGUGAACUAUGCAGCCGUUUACGGGGACGUCAAAUCAGUGGUUGAAGGGGCGCCCUGCAAACUGCUGGAGGCAGUGGCGCACCGCGCAGUGAGUGCCGUACUGCAGCGACACCCUAGAGUACGGCAAGUGGACUUCACCAUUCGGAAGCUAGCCAUCCCAGGAGUGCCCAGCGUGGUGGAGAGCGUGGGGGUUCAAAUCAGGCGGCAGCGCUGAGGAGCUCGGAGGACAGCCGAGCUGGGCUGGGCUGGCCUGGCCUUGGUACACCCAUUUCCAGAACAGUAACGCGAUAUGCCAGGCACGCAGCGGC